AAGAAGCCGAGAAAAGACGACGCUGGGCGCUAGAAAACUUCGCCAGUGGGGUUGUCAUUACUGGGUAUUUGAAGCGGUAGCAAAUCUGUUAGGUAGACUCACUCUUCUCUCUUUGUUACUCUUACAUACACACAUCAUAUCAUAUCAUAUCAUAUCAUACCCCAUAUCUUCCAUCACCUCAUUCAUUGCAAAACCACCGGUAAACCGCCAACAUGCCGACUCAGCAGCAGAAUCCACCUCAAAUCGUGACCCGGAGUCUUUCCUACACCUUUCCGGACUUUUCCACAGGCGUACAGGACAUCUCUCUUGAUCUGCCUCCACGCUCACGAACUCUUCUGAUUGGUGCCAACGGUGCCGGCAAGACGACCCUUUUGCGUCUUCUGGCUGGAAAGCGCCUGGCCCCGGGAGAUGCCAUUUCCAUCUGUGGCGUCGAUCCCUUCAAAGAGGGCCUCGAAGGCGUCACAUACCUCGGUCUCGAGUGGGUGCUAAACCCCAUCGUACGCAACGAUAUUGGCGUCGUAGAGUUGCUUCGAUCUGUUGGCGGUGAUGCUUACCCUGAGCGCCGUGACGAGCUGGUCGACAUGCUUGAUAUCGACAUCAACUGGCGGAUGCAUGCCGUAUCCGACGGUGAGCGUCGCAGAGUCCAGCUGGCUAUGGGUCUUCUGCGUCCCUGGACCGUGCUCUUCUUGGAUGAGAUCACUGUCGACCUUGAUGUUUUGACUCGCUAUGAGUUCCUUGCCUGGCUGAAGCGGGAGACGGAGAACCGGGAGUGCACCAUCGUUUAUGCCACCCACAUCUUGGAUAACUUGGCUGGCUGGCCUACCCACCUCGUCCACAUGCAUCUCGGCACUGUCAAGGAGUGGGACACUGCUGAAAACAUGCUGCAGGCCGUUGAUUCGACUGUUGGGCCCACUGGCAACAGCCGUCUCGGAGAGUUGGUCAUGGGUUGGUUGAGGGACGACCUGAAGGAGAGAGGGCCGAGAAGCCAGGUAAACCGAGCUCCUGAAGGCAAAACUUAUGGUUUUGGUGCUAUCAAGAUUGGAGGAUAUGGCGAUGAGUCCAAGCAAAGGGAGAACUAAGAGAACAUUGCUUAAAGCACGAGUUUUCUCAAUCCACGGAGAAACAUUUCUUUGGAGGUGAUGCCUUCAACGGCUUAUCGGACGAUGCAUGAGGCUGAUCUUUCUUUUGUUGUCAUAAACGGUCGGUGAGCACAGCAUUCAACGGUGCAUGGCGUUGGCUAUUUGGCGGAGGGGCAGGCCUCAACUCUGCCUUCACAGCCGGAUUCUAGUUUCAUUCUGUUUUCAACACUCUGGGAUGGGAUAGCUGAUGGAUAAAUCGCAUUUACUUCUCUUUUUCUUUUCUCUCAUCCUCUUUCUGCUUGUUUCUUUUUUUGAUGAUACCCUGAAUUUCAACCGAUGGGAUAUAGGCAGCUGGUCUGUUUCAACUAGACCUAAUCAAUAUAUAGCCACCAUAAGAAGUUGCAAU